UUAGUUUCUAUGUAACAGCAAAUUCUUUGCUUCUUUGUUGUCCUUGUACUUUUCCGUUUCUGCUACUGUUUGGUUGUUUAUGAUCUGUGAGUUUUUUUUGCUUUUUCUUUGUUAUGUUAUGUUGCUGGAUUUUUGCGUUUCUAGUGUGUAGUUUUACUGGUUAGUGUUGAACAAUGAUGGAUCUGGUUUGCAGAAGAUUAAAUUCGGCUCAAGUUUGGGAUCAGUUUGUGUUUGCUAUAACUGACUUUUAAUGUAGAUGUACUAUUUUUUUUACUUCUUUUUUUUUUCUUGUUUUGCUUGUAGUCGAAUUGUGGAUUUCGGAUAACUCUUAUUGGAUGAGCUCUGGUUGAACUUAAGUUGAGGGAUUUGAAUUUUACUUAGGCUGUUUGCUUUGAUCUGUUAUUUUAACUUUAAAGCUCAAUCAUUAUUGGACAUUUUUUAGUAUUGAAAGUAUAAGAAGAUUUUUACUCUGUCUCAGGCUUUAGAGUAUUGGAUCAUCUUCGUAAUUUACCAUGUUAUAUGUGAAGCUUACUGGUAUAGAUUUUAAAUGGUGGAGAACUUGUAUGAGGGGGGCAUUAUAAUGAUAAACGAGCAGAUUAGCAAGUUGAUCCUAAGACUGAAAGGUUCCAUUGAAAGUCGUUCCCAAGAUUUGUCCAUAAAGGAGCGUGCCAUUAUUACCAGAUUUGUUGUUUUGGCUCCAUGGUAAUGGACAUGUGUGAGCUUGAACACUAGUGUGAGGAAUCUGCAAUCACUUUAUUUAGUUUAUAAUUUUGGGAACCAGUGUAUGCUCUCAUAUACCUUGUGAAUACAGGUACAAAAUUACAACCAACAGCUUUAACAUACAAGCUUAUUCCCACUUAUGAAAAGCUGUUAGGGAAGAUUCUGUUGCUAAUUGGAAGAAUAGAUAAAAAUGUCUUCAGCAAACAAGGCUGAUAGGAAAGCGGCUAUUGAUGCAGCCUCAUGGAUGUUCAAUGUUGUCACAUCUGUUGGAAUUAUCCUUGUCAAUAAAGCAUUGAUGGCCACCUACGGCUUUAGUUUUGCUACGACUUUAACUGGUCUGCAUUUUGCCACAACAACCUUGUUAACUGUUAUUCUUAGGUGGCUGGGAUAUAUCCAGGCAUCUCAUCUACCGCUACCUGAGCUUCUGAAGUUUGUUUUGUUCGCAAAUUUCUCAAUUGUUGGAAUGAAUGUGAGUUUAAUGUGGAACUCAGUUGGAUUUUAUCAGAUUGCAAAGUUGAGUAUGAUACCAGUAUCCUGUUUUCUGGAAGUUGUAUUGGACAAAGUACGGUAUUCAAGGGACACAAAGCUUAGCAUAGCAGUAGUUCUACUUGGUGUUGCUGUCUGUACAGUUACAGAUGUGAGUGUCAAUGCCAAAGGAUUUAUAGCUGCAGUGGUGGCAAUUUGGAGCACUUCCUUGCAGCAAUAUUAUGUACAUUUUCUUCAACAGAGGUAUUCUCUAGGAUCUUUCAACUUGUUGGGGCACACUGCUCCAGCACAAGCCGUAUCUCUGCUGUUGGUAGGACCUUUCUUGGAUUACUGGUUGACGGAAAAAAGAGUUGAUGCCUAUGCAUAUAGUUUCACAUCUGUGUUGUUCAUAAUCCUGUCAUGCACUAUUGCAGUAGGUACAAACCUCAGUCAAUUCAUUUGCAUUGGUCGGUUUACUGCUGUGUCGUUCCAAGUGCUUGGUCAUAUGAAGACAAUUCUUGUCCUGAUCUUAGGAUUUAUUUUCUUCGGAAAAGAGGGUCUUAAUCUUCAAGUAGUUGUAGGUAUGAUUAUUGCAGUUGCUGGAAUGAUUUGGUAUGGUAAUGCUAAAGCCUCAUCUAGGCCAGGAGCGAAGGAACGCCGUAGCCUUUCAAUGAAUGGUAACAAAACACAAAAACAUGAUGUGUUAUCACAAUCCAUUGAGGUGGAUGAUAAGGUUUAGUUUUCAGUUAAAGUUCUGAAAGAAAAGGUUUGGGGUGGGGGUUGGGGGGGAUGGCAAAAUGAAUUAAGCAUCUUUAAUUAGCUGACUUCAGGAAUCUCUUUUUCACCCCGUGAGGUCAUAAUCUCCAGCUGCUAUAAGUUUUUAAUUUUUUUCCAUCAUAGAUUAUUUUAUGGUUUUUCAGAAUUCAUGCAAGGAUGUUAUUCAGUUGAAUACAAGAUAUAGAGUAAAAUUUACAUGUCCAGUCAAAUUCUGUUGAA